AUGGCUUGUAUCUGUCAUUGGGAUCGGUUUCAAUGUUCUAGCGUUUUCUGUAAUGAUUCGACAUCAUAUAUUUCAAAAUUUCUUUGGACGCCUUGCUGCUUGCUACGCUCUGUCAAACGCACUGUUUCUAAUCAUUUGUGCCCUGUGGGUAGCUCCUUGGACAAUUUGGAAAGUCCCGACCAGCCUGCACUACAUGAAUCUACGAAUCGGCCAGCUGUCAAUAUCCCUAUUCCAAACAACUGCUCAUUGCAUGUUAUUUAUUUCUAUCAACAGGUUCAUGGCUAUCACGUUUCCGAUCCGGUACUACAAGACUAA